UCGAGUGAGAGAAGUGGUGGAAAAUUUCUUAUUAACUAAGUGCUUUCUGUUCAAGUGCAAUGCAUGAAAGGGGUCUCCAGAACAAAACUGGUAAAUGGCCAUGUAUGUUAAACAAUACAGUAAAAUAAUAUGCAUGCAGGGAAGCAAUUAAAAGUUUCAUAGACCUGGUGUUCCCCAACUCUUGAGCGUUUUCACGUGGCUCCAAAAUGGAUGGAUAUGUGGUGUUUUCAAGAGAACUAUUAAAGUCUGUGUUCUUGCCAAAUACAGUGCCUAGACCAUGGGUAUGUUAAAGCCUAAACAGCUUUUCUAAUAGUGUCCUUGACAAAUGUAUGAGUAGAUUAAAACAGGAUUUUAGAGCUGAAAGAGAAUGACAGAUGCUAUUCUUGACAAUGUUAUUAGAUCUGUGUAGAACACAGUGCUAUCACUACAAAUGCCCACUGCCACAGCCCAAGAAGAGCACUUCCUAUGGCUCCUGGGGGAGAAGCUUCCCUUCUUUCAGGAAUAGAUCUGACACUUACACGGAGUACUCAGUGUGAGGGCAUUUAUGGUGGUGCAAAUGUUUAUUGCCAACAAAUAGAACAAGAAAUGUUGUUCAUUUCAAAAUGGAAAUUCAUUAUUAAGAGAGGAAAAGAGGUGACUGCUAUAUGACAAGCUCAUGGUUCAGUUACAUUUAGGUGUCCGUUACCAAGGAGUAGAGUUGUAACUUCCUACUUUUACAGUGCUUUUUGACAUAAUAAGGUAAAUGUAUGGGAUAACUGGUGCUAGUGCUUGGUAUCAAACCAUCUGCAAAGUAUUUUAUGUGUCAAUCUUGCAGAUUUCACAAAGACGAGCCUUCAAACUUUGUUUGGGGAGGACCACAACAUUGUCAUGACAGAAGGUCAAUAAAAAGGCUUAGGAAAAUACACAAUGCCUGUCUGUUACAACUGCUGUAUAAGUAUUAUUGUACAGGCAGUUUCCCUGUGGUAUGGUUAUACCCUUACAAGUAUGCUAGGAGCUAUUAUGAACUAUGCCCUUAUCAUUUGAGAUAGAAUGCAGUAUUGAAGCAGAUACGUGGCAGUGACAUGGUAUCUCACACCACAUAUGGCUGCGUUCUUACCCACAGCUCCUGCUAGGAAAAAAAAAAAAAAAAAAAAGAAAAAAAGAGAACAAACAUUUUGUUGCAGAGCAGGAGCAAGUCAAAUAGCCAAAGCUGUUUGUUACUUUUUCUGUUGAUGAUUUUGAAAGGUAAGGAGACACACUGUUGGACAAAUUUUGCCACGAUAUAGGAUUGCAACAAUGUAAAGGAGCUGUGCAUUUAUCUGUGGGAAAAUAAAAGUUAUCGUGUUGUCUAUCUUGGAUUACCAAGUUUUUUACAAAGACUAGGUGAUCAUGGGUUUUGCUCAUUACCGUGAGAGUGGAGAUCAUUCCUCUGGCUUCACUUUCUUUAAUGUAUAUGCACAGUCAUAUGACUCGUUUUCGCAUAGCCAAAACCCUCUACCGAAACAGGUGCCUGUCUGCCCAUCCCGCUCUUCCCAUUGCCCGCUGAGAAUAACUAAAGCUGCAGUUCUUAGUCCCUGCCUGUGGCACUCCAGAGAAGUGCUCAGAGAUGACAGGCAGGAAGAGAGACCGAGGGGACCGAGGUGGGGACGCGGGGCCCGCCGCGGACCAUCCCGGGACGACCCGGGCAAGGGCGAGGCGGCGGCAACCAAAAACUCUCCUCCUCCCUCCCUCCCUUCCUCUCUCCCUCCCUCCCUCUCUUCCGUCCCGUCCCACCGCCCCCUGGGCGGGCCGCCCGUCGCGGCCUAUAUAGGGGCGGCUCGGGUUGCCGCUGGCGUAGCUCGUCCUUUCUUCCAACCCUGGGCUGCUCUCGGGAAAGAGGCGGAUUCCCCAUUGCGCCGCUGCCAUGGCUUCGGUACCCUCCGCCGGCUGCCUCCUGGCCAAGAACCAGUACUACAGAAACUGAACUCGGAAUCCAGUGUUUCUUCCAGCUCCUCCUGCUGUUCAGAUGCUGUGAAUGUUACAGACCAGGAAAAAACAUUUCACGGGUUACCUGACUUAAUUGAUAAAUAUUGGUGGAUAAAAAGCUUCUUCCAUAGUGAGCCAUCUCCACCACCGGUUGGCAGAAAAACACUCUCAGCAAGCAGUUAUAUAUGCAUUUCUGCAGUACCAACAGUUGAAAAGGACAGCGUGAUGGAUUUACUGACUGAGAUGUUACAUACAGACCUGUUUUUCCAAGAGGCUUGGGAUCUUCCUAAUGUCUGGAUUCAGCUGCAAGAAGAAAACAAAAGCUUUAGGAAAGUGGAAAAGUGUGCUUUUAAAAUAUUUGUCAGUAGCUUAAAUGAUACUGCUUAAUGGAUAUGUCCAUGGCCCACUGUGUUCUUUACAGAAUUGCGUAAUUUGAGAUGUCUUUCUAAUGGAAGUAACCAGGAUUCAAUAUUCAGUUGAACUGAAAAAUUAGAGAAAAAAUUACAGCAAAGAUAAGAUAUUGUUGGUUUAGGAGAAGAAUCUGUAUUGGAUGACUUUGCAAUGGGUUAAGUUACCUUUAAGAUAUCAACUCUAUAGGCAGUCACACUGAUACAAAGAUUCAGAUCUAUAGUCUGGAUCUGUAGACUGCUAAUAUGGUACAUGUCCUCCAUCAAGUAUUUGUGUACCAGUUACAGGGAGUAAGUUUACAAGAAUGAUUGUCAAUUGCUUUGCUUUUAGAAAGCUCACGAAGAAACAGUUUGGUCUCUUUAAUCACGCAGGGUGCACAGAUGCUAAUCUCAAAUACCCAGGUACCACUUUCAUUCCUAUCUAUGCAUGUUGGUUUUGGAGGACAUAAUAUAGGAGAUGGACAAGAAACCAGUCUGACAUUUUCCAAGGAGGAAAGCAACCUUAAUCAGAGUUCAUGCUCCCAGCUCUGUUUUAGAUUUGUCUCACCGGCUUUGUUGUGGCUUGAAGAGCUACUUGUUCUUGGGUGAUUAAUUCUAUCAGUACUCUGCUGUCUGUCAGCUUAGUUAAGUGCUAGAUCUGCCAAAAUGUUCCACUCAAGGUAAUGACACUGUUAUUACCCAAGUCUACCUUUGUUGUGAUUCAUGCUCUUGAAAGACACUGUAAUAUUGCGAUGCUGAAGACCAAAUGAAGCGAAUUAGUACAUCAGAUUAUUUAUUCUGCUGGGUAUGACUGAAAUGCAUUAGAGAAUAUGGCAAAUAACAAAUAUUUGGCUGGAUGAUAAAAUUUGUGUCAAUUAUCUAUGCAACUUUUUCAUAUAUUAUCAGUAAACCUGCCAGAUGUUUUUCCCUCACUUUAUGAACUAACAGCAGAAAAUAUUAAUGUAACCAACAUAAUUUUACUAUGGGUUAAUGGUUGUCAUGGCUAUGCAUAACUCCAAAGUGUAUCAAGUGGCUGCGUCAGGAAGCUUACAGUCUCAGUGAAGACAAAAAAUGCAUGGCAGGUGACAACAGACAAGAACACAAUUCUGAAAACAUAAUUUCAAGAGUCUUUAAAUUGACUUGUUAUGUAUCUUACUUUACUUCUAUUGUAUAGUUUCAUCUUUGUCCUUUAAGUGUACAGAAUGAGCUUUUUUUUAUGCUAAGUUUUUUUUUAUUAAUAAAUAUUUAAUCAGUAUUU